CCCUCCUCACUCAGAACAACAUAUUGUCGAGGAUGCGAGAAGUGUAAGAUCGUAUCAUUCUUGAGAAAUUUGGGGAAGGAGCGUUAAGGGAGAGUGGAAAAAUGGAAAGUGAAGAGGUAUUAGAGGAGCUAAAGAACGUGGAGGUGGAGAUUCAAGAUGUCCAAGGUAAACAAGCCUACUACAUUCGCCUUUUGAGCUCCAUAUAUUUGAGUUUCCGAGAAGACCAGAUAAGGAUAUUACUUGACCAGCAAGAAAAGUUAUACGAGAGGAAGUCUGAACUGGAGGCUCUGCUGGAAGUGUGUGAAACAUCUGAAAGUGCUGGUAAAGUUGGUGGUGCAGCUAGUACUGUUGAAGACUGGUCUGGCCCAUUCGAGUGGGAUUCACGAGCUGAUGAUGUUAGGUUCAAUGUCUUUGGCAUAUCCACAUAUCGUGCAAAUCAGAAGGAGAUAAUAAAUGCUGUCAUGAGUGGAAGAGAUGUUAUGGUCAUUAUGGCUGCUGGUGGUGGCAAGAGUCUAUGUUAUCAGCUGCCAGCUAUUCUUCAUGAUGGACUCGCCCUUGUCGUCAGUCCUUUACUUUCUUUAAUUCAAGAUCAGGUUAUGGGUUUGACUGCUUUAGGCAUUCCAGCAUACAUGUUGACAUCCACCACUAGCAAGGAAAACGAGAAGUUCAUAUACAAGGCUCUCGAAAAGGGUGAAGGAGAGAUCAAAAUUCUGUAUGUCACUCCAGAAAAGAUAUCAAAGAGCAAGAGAUUUAUGUCGAAACUUGAAAAGUGUCAUCAUGCUGGUCGCCUUUCUCUGGUUGCAAUUGAUGAGGCACAUUGCUGCAGUCAGUGGGGUCAUGAUUUUCGUCCUGACUAUAAGAACCUUGGUAUCCUUAAGACUCAGUUUCCCAAUGUUCCUUUGGUGGCAUUGACUGCUACUGCUACUCAAAAAGUCCAAGGCGAUCUGGUUGAGAUGCUGCACAUCCAACGGUGCAUUAGAUUUGUCAGCACAAUUAACAGGCCAAAUCUCUUUUAUCUGGUGCGGGAAAAAUCAUCUGUUGGUAAGGUGGUUAUUGAUGAAAUUGCUGAUCUUAUUCGUGAAUCUUAUCCAAAUGAUGAAUCUGGGAUAGUUUAUUGCUUCUCCAGAAAAGAAUGCGAGCAGGUUGCAAAGGAGUUACGAGAGAGGGGAAUUUCUGCUGACUAUUACCAUGCAGAUAUGGAUGCAGGUUUUCGUGAGAAAAUUCAUUUGCGAUGGAGCCAAAAUAAGCUACAGGUCAUUGUUGGUACAGUGGCAUUUGGCAUGGGAAUUAACAAGCCUGAUGUCAGGUUUGUCAUCCAUCACAGCCUCAGUAAAUCAAUGGAAACAUAUUACCAGGAAAGUGGCCGAGCUGGACGAGAUGGACUGCCUUCUGAAUGCAUUCUUUUCUUUAGGCCUGCUGAUGUUCCCAGGCAGAGUUCCAUGGUCUUCUACGAAAAUUCUGGAUUGCAAAAUUUUUAUGGGAUAGUGCGGUAUUGUCAGUCAAAAAGACAAUGUCGCCGAAGUGCCUUUUUUCACCAUUUUGCCGAGCCACUGCAAGAUUGCAAUGGGAUGUGUGACAACUGUGCAUUCUCGAGUGAAGUUGAGGAAAUCGAUGUAUCAAGUCAUGCAAAACUUAUGGUAUCAUUUCUGCAAGAUUUGCAAGAAAAUGAUCAGAGAUUGACAAUGUUGCAACUCGUGGAGAAAAUGAAGAAUAAGCACAAAGAAAUAGAUUCCAACAUGAAGAGAGAGAAACUAGAACAGCUAGUGGUGCAGCUUAUAACAGAGCAUGUUUUGAAAGAAGAAUUCCAGCAUACUGCAUAUUCUACAAACGCGUACGUUACCAUUGGACCAUUAGCAAAGCAAGUAUUGCAAGGUAAGAAGAUUAUAAAGCAAGAAGUUUCUAGCAGACUGAAUACAGGGACUGAAAAGAGGAAAUCUGUUAAACGCAGUCUCACAUCAUCGCAUUUGGAGUUCAAGCUUGACAAUCUGCGAAAGGAGCUAGCCUCGGUUCAUGGGGGAAUAUUGCCUCAUUCUAUAUUGUCUGCUCAGCAGAUCAGAACCAUAAGUGCCCAGAAACCACAUCCAAUAGAAGAGCUGGAGAAAGUUAUAGGAAAGUUGAAGACAGAAAAGUAUGGAAGUAGGAUUCUCGAAGAAAUCCAGAAUUGCACGGACUCAGACCUGCCUAAUAAUGGAAAGUUGAUAGAGGAAAAGGACAGUGAAGGUAGAGCUAAAAAGAGGACAAUGACCACGAAGAGUCAUAUUGUUAUUGAGAGUAGUGAUGAAGACGCAUGAGAAACUGAAAAUUUCACCAAGAUGCUCCAAGAAUCGCAUUAAAUGACCUCUUGAGGUACGCAAUUUUGGGCAUUGCUUAUUGCCAACAAGGCCAAUGUUGGAAUCACAUAAAUCUUCACCUACAUAUACGUCCUCUUUUAAGUUUUCUUGUAGUUCCAGUAUGAAGACUUGAGUUUGGCAUUGUUUUUUCUUUAAACAAAAUAAUUUAUUAAAUAUAUGCCUUUUUUUCUACA